AUGGCGUGCCGGUCGUCGGCUGGCCUGGUGGGUUGCGUGCCGGUCGGCGGCUGGCCUGGCCUGGUGCCCGGCUCGGUGUUGGACCUGACACCGGGCCUGGUGCCCGGCUCGGUGUUGGGCCUGACGCGGGGCCUGGUGCCCGGCUCGGUGCUGGACCUGACGCUGGGCCUGGUGCCCGGCUCGGUGUUGGGCCUGACGCUGGGCCUGGUGCCCGGCUCGGUGUUGGGCCUGAUGCGGGGCCUGAUGCCCGGCUCGGUGUCGGGCCUGACGCCGGGCUUGGUGCCCAGCUCGGUGUCGGGCCUGACGCCGGGCCUGGUGCCCAGCUCGGUGUUGGGCCUGAUGCCGGGCCUGGUGCCCAGCUCGUUGCUGGGCCUGACGCUGUGCCUGGUGCCCAGCUCGGUGCUGGGCCUGACGCCGGGCCAGGUGCCCAGCUCGGUGUCGGGCCUGACGCCGGGUCUGGUGCCCAGCUCGGUGUCGGGCCUGACGCUGGGCCGGUCUGCUGCCGAGCCUGGCGCCGCAGGGAUUAUCUGA